CGCGUCGGGAGCUGUAGUCGCCGAGCCCGGACUACGUUUCCCGGCGGCACCUGCACCCAGGAGCGGUGGGGCUGGCGGCGCGUGGUGCGUCCUGCAGGCGGCUCCGCCUCUGCUGCACGGACCGGCGGGGCUGCGGCGGCGGUUUGUGGAAAACCUAGAUUUCCAAAAUGAAUAAAGAUGCGCAGAUGAGAGCAACCAUUAAUCAAAAGCUAAUAGAAACAGGAGAGCGAGAGCGCCUUAAAGAGUUGCUGAGAGCCAAAUUAAUUGAAUGUGGCUGGAAGGAUCAGUUGAAGGCACAUUGCAAAGAUGUCAUUAAAGAAAAAGGAUUAGAACAUGUUACUGUUGAUGAUUUGGUGGCAGAAAUCACUCCCAAAGGCCGAGCUUUGGUACCAGACAGUGUAAAGAAGGAACUCUUGCAAAGAAUAAGAACCUUCCUUGCUCAGCAUGCCAGUCUUUAACUUUGACAUUCAUCUGGGAUACAGUUUCCUGUAUUACAUCAGUCAUGUCAGGAUUUGGAAUGCAGUUUACAUACUUCAUAAGGAUGAAAAAUCAUUAAUUUUUCUUUGCACUGCAUUGAUUUCUUAAAGUUGCUGUUAUUUUAAUAAAAAAUUUUGUGGA